UGUUGGGAGCUUAGUGCUAAGAACAAGGCCUUAUUAUCUCAUCCUGAGUAUCUUCGUCUUCCUCUCCACCAUUUUGCUCUGUCAAUCGGAAUGACCGAAGUCGCUCAGUGGAAGCUUAGCUGUUUUUGCUCAAAAUCAACUGAAAUAUCAAGGCCAUCGCUGAAGUUUCUUGCCAAUUGCAUCGGAAUAGUUCCAUUUUCCAUUUUCGUAUCCAUCACUGUUUGCCGGUGCGUCCUGUCCUUUUCGCGUCCUGGUGGAAACGGCACAAUGUUGCAAUGGAUGGGAGGAUCACGCCGCAAAGUGACGACUUCGAGAAGGUCUACACAGAAGAGGCAAAAGCAAUACUUUGAGCAAAAGAAACGACAACAGCACCAGUCAACUGGUUUAGGGGGCUAUGCUGAUGGAAUCAACAUGGGCACGCAACUUCAGAGGGAACAUCGAUCACUGGACAUUCUUAGUUUUCUAAACCUGUCAGCAAUUUCCAAAGAAUGUGGAUCUUCUUGCCCCAGUGGAACAGAAGACCAAGGGGCCAACACUUCAGAAAUGAAGUAUCAUAUUCCAAAGGGUCCACCAACAAUUAUUCCCAAUGCAGUCACUCCUGCAUAUUUUGUGGAAGUUAAGGAUGCAAGAACUCCAUCGACAGAGUAUCAAGUGGAGAUUGUGUCCCCAAAGAAGAUUCUGUUUUCUGCUUCCCAUAAGCAUGCUCCUAGUGGAAAUGAUAGGACAUCAGAUAACUGGAAUGUGGCUACUGAGAAGGAAUUAUCAGUUUUUGAUUUGCUUGGCGAUGACGGACUGGAUGACAAUUUAGGAAAAAGUCCAGUUCAUGAAGCUUAUGUUGCAUUUUCAGUGGAAGGUUUAGGUAGGAUUGGAACUGAAACUCCAAUCCAUUCACCUAAAGGACCUGGCAGAAUUUCUUCUGAUUAUGUCUCCUUAGACUGGAAGGAUGUAAAGCAGCAAAACUCGUCAAAGAAUUUUAACAAUGUGCUAGGUGACCUUGAACUAAAAUUGGAUGAGGCAAUGCAAGACAUCGAUACGUCACUAGGUUACCGUGCUUCAGAUUUGUCACUGGGAAAAAUAGAUACAUGUGGCAACAAGAUGCAGAAAUUCUCCAGUGUCAAAGACCGCGUGCAACUUGAUGACAAUAAUUCUACAUAUAGAUUCAUGAAUGAUGAAUUUCUAUACAGCUCACCAUCAGAUGAUGAAUUUCAAUAUGAAAGGGAAGAUAUAUCUUGGAAGAAGUGGCGAUGUCAAAUUGAUGGUAGUUCUGCUGAUUUUUUGAAAUAUGGAGAUAAUCAGAUAUCAGAUUACCUUUUUGAGAGUUCCCACCUGCUGAAGAAAAGGGGUAAUGCUGAAACCAGAAAAUUCCAUAUCAUAGAAUCACCUCUCAAGCACCCCACAUCAGAAACUGGUUGUGAUUUCACACAUUCAUCAGGGGAUUCCUUACUCAGAGGAAAAUUUGAUUUUAGAGACAUAGCCAGCCAACCCGAUUGGGCUCCUUGUGUGACCGAAGAUGCAAAGGAUAAUUUCAGCUUUCUGAGGGAAGAAUCAUCCUCAUCCAGUGCAGUUGAUCAUUGUGAAUCUUUUCCGAAACUCAUCUCAGUGUGGGGGAAGACAUCCUACUCACCUCCAAAUUUAAGAGCUAGGCCAAACAUAAGAACAAGCAACACAUUGGGCAUCACCAAGAACAAGUUUAGCGUAGACGAUAUUUUUGCAGAAGAAACAUGGAAUAAAGACUGUAAUGACACUCGAAAUGGAAGUGAUGCAGUUGGAUCAGGAAAAUGCACUAGAACGCCAGUUACUUCAGAGUCAAAACCACCCAAGCUUUUAAGCUCUUCUUUCCAGGAUAAAAUAGGACCAUCUCGAAGUUGGUUGUUUGAGGAGGGCUGCAAUUCUGUUGAUAAAAGUUCAGCUUUCAGUUCUUUUGGUCGAACCAAAGGGACGGAACCCACAUCCUUGGGAUCUAAGCUAUGGAAUGAAGAUCCUCUUGGUGACUUUCCUGUACCUGAAUCAUUUAUUGAUUCUAAAUCUCCUUUCGACAGAAGCAAACAUGGUGAAUCCAUCCAGUGCUCACCCUUCAGCAGUUUCACAACUGAAAAUUCUGCUUUCUGCCAACCAUUUGACCACAGGAAUUCUCUCAAUUCCCCGGUAUACUCAAAGACCAGCUUCAGGCCAACUACAUGGGAUUCAUCUCCAUAUUCUGCAACAGAAGGCACCCCUCCAGAUUUAUCUUACACAACUGGUCCUCAUGGAGGGUCAGACCUUGAUUUAUCAGGACAAGGAAGUGUUAGUGAAGAUGGAGAAAAUAAAUCAGAACUCCAGAAAGCAAACUGUGAAAGAUUAAUGCUAGAAAGAGAAGUCUGCAAUAGCAACUGUGGCUCUUUCUCAGAAGACUCAAAAGUAGUGCACACUUUGAUACCAAACACCAGAGAUUGUAAAUCCAAGGAAGUAAGAGAAGGGACUUCAGCACUAAAAGGGAGCCUAAAGGCUACACAUUCUCCUGAACAUAAUGAGGAGACAUCAUCAUCUGUGAAGAUACCGGACAAAUCUAAGAACCAUGCGGAUGAAAAUGGACAUAACCAUGAUGCAGAAGCUCUUCUUCCUCAACAAAAUGGCAGUGCAGAAAAAAAAGGUGCAGAGUCUGACAUGAAAAAGAUUCUUACUAAGAGAGCGAGUGAUGGUGUCGCUGUCAGCUCAUCCGAGCCCGUGAUGAUGCUAAAGGGCUACGUCCUUCAAUUCCUUUGUCUACAGAAUGUUCUAGAGGAGACAUCUGCACUGCACUGACACCGUAAAGAAGGUAUAUCCUCCUCACGCUGGAUGAGGAUGCAUAAAAGGAUUCUUCAUUUCUACACAUUUUAAUGCUUUCCUUCAUAUGUAACAGUUCCAUCAUAGAAUAUGGUUUCUAACCACAUACACCUGAAAAUGAAUAUAUCCUUACUUG